GUAUACUAUUGUUGAUUAAACUCUGAAUCAUUUGUAUUAUAUUGUAAAUAUCAAAAUGGGUGGCGACGGUGGCAGUAUUCCAGGUCGUAUUGACUUGGUGAGAACAACUGGUUACACAUUCGUCCGCAAUUUGGGUGGAAUGGGCUAUUCACCAAAUACGCAGAUGAAAGCGGCUGAUGAACAUCUUACUAAUGCUCAGAUAAAAGAUUUACGGUGGAAGGUGUGUAGCUUAUCACAGGAACCGUUAUCACGUCCGAUAAUGGUUUGUCGUCUCGGGCUAUUAUACAAUAAAGAGGCUGUCAUAAAGUAUAUACUCUCUAAAAAGAAUGUUGUAUCAAUGCAGCACAUAAAGAAUAUGAAAGAUUUUAAAGAAGUUGACUUAGAGGUUGAUAAGAGUUCACAACGUUUUCUGUGUCCAAUUACACUUACUGAGUUUUGCGGCGUGAAUCGCGGAGUUUUAAUUUGGACCUGCGGUUGCUGCAUAUCGGAGAAAGCCUUUAAAGAGUUGAUGAAAUCCCAAAUAUCGCAGAAGAAUACGUUAUGCCCAAGUUGUAACUCUCCCUUCAUAUAUAGUCCACAUGCCUUUGACUUACAGUCUACUGCAGUAGACCCAUUGAGUCAUGAUAUGGUACUCCUUGUGCCGGAUCAAAUAGAAGAAGGGUAUCUUCGUGCCAAAAUCGCAAAGAAGUCUAAAGUGCCUGGACAGUAGGAUACAUAAACGUCGACAUUGUAGGAUACCUAGUUAAGAAAUGUCUACCGUGUCACCUAAUUACACGCGACGACAAGAUAUGAAGUAUCAUAGAUACUUGCUAGCAUUGCAAGAUUAAUUACAGAUUGGCC